CUAUCUUUUUUUAGUUCAAUUUAGCCCCCUUCAAUCCUCAAAAUGUGUUUAUAUAUAAGAAUCCAUUGUCAAGUUUAAUGUGCCAAUAGAACAAAAAUUAGGCAAUGGGUGAAGUAACAGAAGCCACGGCGGGCAGGCCGRCGGUCGUAGCUCCUCCGGCGCAAUUUCACUCACCGUCGCUAACCCGUUCGCCGUUACUCACCAACGACGACCAAAUAGAAACUGUGAGCAAAACUCCAAAAUCGUCAAGCCCUAGACCGAGGUUCAACAUCACGCCCAUCGRAAGUCCGAUCAGAAGGGCUCUGAAUCUCACGAGGCUCGACCCGCACGACGCCUGGCUUCCGAUCACCGAGUCUAGAAAUGGCAACGCCUUCUACGCCGCCUUCCACACGCUUUGCUCCGGCAUCGGAAUCCAAGCCCUCGUGCUUCCCGUAGCUUUCACCAUUCUUGGAUGGAGUGGAGGGAUCAUAAGCUUGACAGUGGCUUUCAUAUGGCAACUUUAUACUUUGUAUUUGAUGGUUGAACUCCAUGAAUCAACACAAACUGGAUUGCGUUACAGUAGAUAUCUUCAGCUCUUUAGCGUAACAUUUGGCAACGGGCUGUCAAGAUUGUUAGCCUUCUUCCCGAUCCUGUACCUGUCGGCCGGAACCUGCGUGGCUCUGAUAAUCAUCGGCGGCUCAACUUCAAAGACGUUCUUCAAAAUCGUUUGUGGGACUUCCAAUUGCAACGCCGAUUAUUUAACGCCCACCGAGUGGUACUUGGUUUUCACCUGCGCCGCCGUGCUGCUGGCCCAGCUCCCCAACCUCAACUCCAUCGCCGGCGUCUCCUUGGUCGGAGCCAUCACCGCCGUCGGCUACUGCACCCUGAUAUGGAUCAUCUCCGUCGCCAAGGGCAGGCUGCCUGGCGUCUCCUACGAUCCAGUCAAGGCCGGUACCAACAUGGCUCGAGCUUUCGACGCUUUGAAUGCUCUUGGAAUCGUCGCUUUUGCUUUUAGAGGCCACAAUCUCGUCCUCGAGAUACAGGCAACAAUGCCAUCGAGUGAAAAGCACCCCUCUCGAGUUCCGAUGUGGAAAGGCGUUAAGUUUGCAUAUUUGCUUAUAGCGAUGUGUCUUUUUCCUCUCGCCAUCGGAGGCUACUGGGCUUACGGUCGAAAGAUACCCAAAAAUGGAGGCAUGCUCACCGCUCUAUACGCCUUCCACGCCCGCGACACCUCACAGUUCCUCAUCGGCCUAACGAGCUUAUUCGUGAUAAUCAACGCCGUUAGCUCAUUUCAAAUCUACGGCAUGCCAAUGUUUGAUGCUAUCGAAGCAUGCUACACAAGGAGGAAGAAGCAGGCAUGCCCAUGGUGGCUACGGAUCAUCUUACGAACGAUAUUCAGCUUCCUGUGCUUCUUUGUGGCGGUGGCGAUCCCCUUUCUCGGGAGCAUGGCGGGGCUCGUGGGCGGCAUUGCGCUGCCGGUGACGUUUGCUUAUCCAUGUUUCAUGUGGCUGAAGAUCAAGAAGCCAAAGAAAUAUGGUGUGGUGUGGUGGGUGAAUUGGGUGUUGGGAGUUUUGGGGAUGGGGCUGAGUUUGGCCAUGAUUGCAGCUGGUGUAUAUGUGGUCAUUAAUACUGGUGUUGAUGCAAGUUUCUUUAAGCCUCACUAAGGAAAGGAGCUGACCCAAUUCCUCUAAAGGAGAGGAUAUAUAUAUAUAUAUAUUGAUAAUUAGGGUUUGUAUUUUAUGAUUUGAGUGUUGAAUGUUUUCCAAAUUGUAAUACUUGAAAUGUUAAGUAUAAAUCAUAUAUAUGCUUGUUUGUGUAGGGAGGACAGAGAUUAUUUCAAAGACAAU